UAGUCUCAUGUACAUUAUUUGUGCAGUUUUUAAGUUGUGUGUGAAUGACUUAAGAGUGUGACUGUUUACCCCUGUGUCUGAGAUGUAAGAUGACACUCCUGACCUUCCUUCUUCAGCCUCCCCUACUGUACUGCUAUUAUUCCAUUGCUGUGGUUUGUUGGGAGAGGACCAGCAGUCUAAAAGCUUCAGUAGAGAAGCAUUAUCAUGCUCAACAUAGCGCAAACCUUUCAGAAAAACUAAGAAUGUUAGUGGAAUCUUAAUCUUGCAGGGAAGUUAUACAUAGUAUACUGAAUUGUAAACAAGGAAAAUGUGUUACAUUAGUGACUGGCCGAAGCGCUUUUUAAAAACCAUCCUACGACAUCUGAGUCGUCAUCAGGUGGAGUUGUUGAUUGAAAAUGAGGCUGAGAAGGACUACUUGUAUGAUGUCCUCCGCAUGUAUCACAAGUCCAUGGAUUUGCCUGUGCUUGUUGGGGACCUGAAGUUGGUAAUCAAUGAACCAAAGCGUUUGCCCCUGUUUGAUGCUAUCCGACCGCUCAUCCCACUCAAACACCAGGUCGAGUACGACCUGCUAACCCCGAAGAGGUCCAGGAAGCUGAAAGAGGUGCGAUUAGAUCGCACACAUCGUGAUGGACUGGGUUUAAGUGUCCGAGGAGGGCUGGAGUUUGGCUGUGGUCUCUACAUAUCACAAAUUGUCACAGAUUGUCAGGCUGGUAAUGUUGGUCUUCAGGUGGGUGAUGAGAUUGUUCGCAUCAACGGAUACUCCAUCUCUUCCUGUAUACAUGAGGAAGUCAUCAGUCUAAUCAAGACCAAGAAGAUUGUGUCGCUUAAAGUCAGACAUGUGGGGAUGAUUCCUGUAAAAAGUUCCUCAGAUGAACCCCUCAAGUGGCAGUUUGUCGAUCAAUUUGUGUCAGAAUCAGGGGAGAAAAAAAGCAGUGUUGCUGGUUUGGCAUCGAUUGGGGGGAAGGAGAUCAAAGAGAAGAAGGUUUUCCUCAGCCUUGUCGGGACCAAAGGUAUGGGCAUCAGCAUCUCCAGUGGUCCCACACAGAAACCUGGCAUCUACAUCAGCAACGUCAAAGCAGGCUCGCUAUCUGCAGAGGUCGGACUUCAGAUUGGAGACCAGAUUGUGGAGGUGAAUGGGGUAGACUUCACCAACGUGGACCACAAGGAGGCUGUGCGAGUCCUCAAAAGCAGCCGAAGCCUGACCAUUACAGUUCUGACAGGAGCUGGCAGCGAGCUGUUUAUGACGGACGAGGAGCGUCUGGCAGUGGAGGCACGCAGGGAACUAGAGAGGCAGGAGCUGAUGCAUCAGAAGAGGGUGGCUAUGGAGACCAACAAGAUUCUUAAAGAGCAGCAGGAGAAGGAGAGACAAAGGAAAAUGGAGAUCUCACAGAAGGCUGCAGAGGAAGAGCACCGCUACAAGCAGGAGAUGGAGAGGAUUGAGGCUGUGGAGAGGAAACACCACAGAGAGUGGGAAGAAGACUAUGGUGCCACCGAGCGGCCUCAGGCUCCUCAAAGGAGCCCAUCACCCAGCCCACUUGAGAUUACAACCACUCAGUCUCCAAAGGCCAAAAGUUCUCCGUUUAGCUGGUUUUACCGAUAUGAGGGGAAACUUCCUUCAUUCCGCAAGAAAGGCGAGAAGAAGAAGAAAAAGAAAAAAAUGUCCAACACAGACACGCUGCUGGAGCAGAGAAAAAACAAAAAGGAGAUGGAGUUUGAGCUGAAAUUGGCCAAGGAGAAAGAAGAGAUGUACGAAAAAGAGAAGCAGUUGAAGAUCAAUAGGCUGGUUCAGGAGGUUUCAGAAACAGAGCGGGAAGACCUGGAGGAGUCUGAGAAAGUACAACACUGGGUUGAGUGUCUUUGUCAGACUCGCUUGGAACAAAUCUCUUGUGUGGAGAACGAGUCACCAGAGCUGUCACCACCACUUUCACCUUCUUCGGAGCCCAAGCUGAAACGUUUCCCUGGAGGUCACUUAGCCACGACUGACCUGGAUGACAUUAACUUGGAUCAUGUGGAUCAGAGUCUGAAGGGGCCCCUGAAGAGACUAGCCCCCACCCCACCAGUUAUUAGCCAGCCUCCCCCUCCUUUGCCUCUCCCGCCGCCUUCACCCAAACUAAACCCCACCAUCCCCAACUAUUCUUCGAAAGUAUCUCCACAGUGCCAGCCACCGUCUGCGCCCAUCGCUCGGAAACCCCCGUCUGCCUCGUCUCCCUUGCCCAACAAGGGGCGCAGACCUCUUCUAUCACAAGCCCCACAACCACCUUCCUCCUAUUAUCCCCCUGCACCUCAAUCAAUCCACCCACCUUCAUCCCCUCAGCCCACGCCGACACCUACCCCGCCGCCCCCGCCUCCUCCACCUCCACUCCCGCCGCCCCCGCCUCCUCCACCGCCCCAACAGCCUGAAGAAAGAGUAGGUGCCCCGAGUGGAUACCGCCAGCACCAUAAUCUGUUUCCCUCCUCAAGUCCACCUGAGCGCCGGAGUGAAUGGGAGGCGGGUGGCUACCUCCCAAGAGGCGGCCUCUACUCAUCCAACCCGAGUGAAGUGUCCUGUCCUUCAAGUCCCAAGGUUAUGAGAAAUACUUCACAUGCCAGUCACAUUUCCACUCCUUCCUUGCAACUGGCACCUAGUCCUCCGAACCAAAGGAGUCCUAUGAUCCCCGUCAUGUCGAAGCCCAUCAUGCUGCCCCAGUCGCAGGCCCACCGACCAGACCCGCUCAGACCUGCUGUUCGUUCUGAUGGCCUGCCUGCAGAAAUGUUGAAACGUAUGGUGCCUUUCAACUCUUCUUUUAAAUCAAGCAGCAAACCACAAGGCUUUCAGAAGUACAUGGAAGACUUCGAUCCCCACUCAAUGUUCUCAUCAGACCAGAUAGCAGGGCGAGACGUGAGAUUGCUGCGAAUCAGAAAGGAGGGACAGCUUGACUUGGCUCUGGAGGGUGGUGCUGACUCCCCUUUGGGGAAGUUAGUGGUCUCGUCUGUCUAUGAGGGAGGGGCUGCAGACAAGCACGGUGGUAUUGUACCAGGUGAUGAACUUAUGGCUGUUAAUGGGAAGAUACUGAUAGAUGCUCCGCUGACUGAAGGACAAAACUCACUGGCACGAGCCUGGAAUAGUGGAGGGGACUGGAUCGAUGUUGUUGUUGCAGUGUCGCCCCCAAAACAUUAUGAAGAUGAAAUCCGAAAGUCAGUCAGUCCCAGUGUGAACAGAAAGGUGUUUGAAGGCAGUGCAACACUGUACAGGCACGGGUACCUGCUUCAGUCCUAACCCGCAACCCGAACCUUCUUCUAGUCUCUGCGUAGACCACCAGUCUGGUUAAGAAGAUGGAGCGUUUUCAUUCUUGAGGAUUUCUUUGGGAUUUACCUUAUCGUUUCCAUCAUAUCACAAUAAUGCACUUUCCUGCAGCCUCCUCAUGCUUCUUUUUGCUCUUAGUUUGCAAAUUUGGGACGGAAUAUCCCGCUGAGAGAGUGAAUUGCCUUUCUCUUGAUUUGUAAAGGAUGCUCAUGAUCAGUACUCAAUUUGAUAAAGUAGUUUUCCACACCUCUGUGGGGCUGGGCUAUGAAACCAAAGCCCCCACCCCUCUCCCUAAAAAAACGCGUUUAUGCUUUCCUAUAUGCUUGUGUCUUAGUGGGAAUAGAUGUGUGUCGUAUCUCAGGCAAUUUCAAAUCGAGUCAACUCAACUGCCGUUUACAGGAAUAACAAAGGAAUUAAGAAUCCAUAUUUGCUGUCCAGUUUUGCCUCAUCGUUAAUGAAACUAGCAAAUCCAUUCAUCCACCAAUCUAUCCAUGGCAGGAAGAAUCUAGACAAAAGCCACGCAAGCGCAGGAAGAAUUUGAAGAUUUGGUCCUUGAACCUCUCAAUUGGGAGAAAAACAUGCUGCAGAAAAUGGCCAACAUGAAAUUCAUACAUUUGUUCUCAUAAAAAUGUCUAACAAUGUUUUGCCACUUUCUUGUGUCAUUUCCCGCUCAAAGAUUCCCAUUAAAAGUAUUUGAUCUUCA